AUGGAUUCUGUACCAAGACUGAACAGCGUUUUGACUUUAAUGCUCUCUGGCUUGUGGCAUUUAGGAUUAACAGCGACAAACUACAACUGUGAUGAUCCAUUGGCCAACUUCCUCUCACCAUUGGCUUUCUCCAGUUCCUCAGAUCUCACUGGAAGUUCUAGCUCAGCUCAGUUGAACUGGAGAAUGGGAACUGGUGGUUGGUCCCCAGCAGAUUCUAAUGCCCAACAGUGGCUCCAGAUUGACCUAGGAAACAGAGUGGAGAUUACAGCUAUAGCCACACAGGGAAGAUAUGGGAGCUCUGACUGGGUGACAAGCUAUCGCCUGAUGCUUAGUGACACGGGGCACAACUGGCAACAGUACAAUCAAGAAGACAGCAUCUGGACAUUUGUAGGAAACAUGAAUGCCGACAGUGUGGUUCACCACAAACUGCUGCAUCCCGUGAGAGCCCGCUUUGUUCGCUUUGUGCCCCUGGAGUGGAAUCCAAAUGGAAAAAUUGGCAUGAGAGUUGAGGCCUAUGGAUGCUCCUACAGAUCAGACAUAGCUGACUUUGAUGGCCGGAGCUCACUUUUAUACAGGUUCAAUCAGAAGACGAUGAGCACUCUCAAAGAUGUGAUCUCCCUGAAGUUCAAGACCAUGCAAGGAGAUGGAGUCCUGUUUCAUGGAGAAGGACAACGUGGAGACCAUAUCACCCUGGAACUCCAGAAGGGCAGGCUAGCUCUAUACCUGAACCUGGAUGACAGUAAAGCUCGACUCGGCAGCACUGUGCCCUUGGUCAUCCUGGGUAGCCUUUUAGAUGACCAGCAUUGGCAUUCAGUUCUCCUGGAGCGUGUGGGAAAGCAGGCAAACUUCACUGUGGACAUGAACACGCAGCACUUCCGGACCAAGGGUGAGACAGAUGUCCUGGACAUUGACUAUGAGCUCAGUUUUGGAGGAAUUCCAGUACCAAGCAAACCUGGGACCUUUUUAAAGAAAAACUUCCAUGGCUGUAUUGAAAAUCUUUACUACAAUGGAGUGAACAUAAUUGACUUGGCUAAAAGACGCAAGCAUCAGAUCUACUCAGUGGGCAAUGUCACUUUUUCCUGCUCAGAACCACAAAUUGUUCCCAUCACAUUUGUCAACUCUAGGAGCAGUUAUUUGCUGCUGCCUGGUACCCCCCAAAUUGAUGGUCUGUCAGUGAGUUUCCAGUUUCGAACAUGGAAUGAGGAUGGUCUGCUUUUGUCCACAGAGCUUUCUGAAGGCUCAGGGACCCUGCUGCUCAUCCUCGAGGGCGGGACUCUGAGGCUCCUGAUUAAGAAAGAGGCAGGACAUGGAACUGAAAUCCUCACAGGCAGUGGCUUAAAUGAUGGCCUGUGGCAUUCUGUCAGCAUCAAUGCCAGAAGAAAUCGUGUUACUCUCACACUGGAUAAUGAUGCUGCUUCUCCAGCUCCAGAUACCUCCCGAAUACAAAUUUAUUCUGGAAAAAGUUACUACUUUGGUGGGUGCCCCGACAAUCUCACCGAUUCCCAAUGCUUAAACCCCAUUAAGGCUUUCCAAGGCUGCAUGAGGCUCAUCUUUAUUGAUAACCAGCCCAAGGACCUCAUUUCAGUUCAGCAAGGUUCCCUGGGGAGUUUUAGUGAUUUACACAUUGAUCUGUGUAGCAUCAAAGACAGGUGUUUGCCAAACUACUGUGAACAUGGAGGACACUGUAUCCAAACCUGGACUACCUUCUACUGCAACUGUAGUGAAACUGGUUACACAGGAGCUACCUGCCAUGACUCCAUCUAUGAGCAAUCCUGUGAGGUGUAUAGACACAGAGGACACACAGCUGGGUUCUUCUAUGUUGACUCUGAUGGCAGCGGGCCAUUGAGACCCCUUCAGGUGUACUGCAAUAUUACUGAGGACAAGAUCUGGAUGACAGUUCAGCACAACAACACAGAGCUGACUCGGGUACAGGGUUCAAGCCCUGAGAAGCCCUAUUCCAUGACCUUAAACUAUGGUGGGAGUGUGGACCAACUGGAAGCUCUGAUUGAUGGCUCAGAACACUGUGAACAGGAGGUGAUAUACCACUGUAGGAAAUCCCGCCUGCUUAACACACCAGAUGGAGCCCCAUUCACCUGGUGGAUUGGAAGGUCCGAUGAAAGGCACCCUUACUGGGGAGGUUCAGUUCCUGGAGUCCAGCAAUGUGGAUGUGGCCUGGAGGAGAGCUGUUUGGACAGUCGACAUUUUUGCAAUUGUGAUGCAGACACAGAUGAAUGGGCAAAUGAUACUGGUUUGUUUUCCUUCAAAGAUCACUUACCUGUAACUCAGAUAAUUAUCACGGAUACCAACAGAUCAAACUCAGAAGCUGCUUGGAGAAUUGGCCCCUUGCGUUGCUAUGGUGACCGGCACUUUUGGAAUGCAGUCUCAUUUUCUACGGAAGCUUCUUACCUCCACUUUCCUACCUUCCAUGCGGAAUUCAGCGCUGACAUUUCUUUCUUUUUUAAAACCACCGCUUUAUCUGGAGUUUUUCUAGAAAACCUUGGCAUUAAAGACUUCCUCCGACUUGAAAUGAGCUCCCCUUCUGAGGUAACAUUUGCCACUGACGUUGGGAACGGCCCCAUUGAGCUCCUCGUCCAGUCUCCUUAUCCUCUGAAUGACAAUCAAUGGCAUUACAUCCAAGCUGAGACAAACCUCAAGGAGACCUCACUGCAGGUGGACAACCUUCCAAAGAGUAUGAGGGAGCCCUCAGAGGAAGGCCAUUUCCGACUUCAGCUGAGUAGCCAGUUGUUUGUAGGAGGAACAUCAUCAAGACAGAAAGGCUUUCUUGGAUGCAUCCGUUCAUUACACUUGAAUGGUCACAAAGUAGACCUGGAAGAGAGGGCAAAGGUCACCUCUGGAGUCAGACCUGGCUGUCCAGGUCACUGCAGCAGCUAUGGAAGCAACUGCCACAAUGGGGGCAAGUGUGUGGAAAAACAAAGUGGUUACUCCUGUGACUGCACCAACUCGCCGUAUGAAGGACCUUUCUGCCAGAAAGAAAUUUCAGCUCUUUUUGAUUCUGGCACCUCUGUAACGUACACGUUUCAAGAACCAUAUCCAGUGACCAAGAACACAACAAGCCUUUCCUCUUCAGCUAUCUAUACAGACACAGCAACACCCAAGGAAACCAUCAUGCUGAGUUUCAUGACAGCACAAGCCCCCACCCUCUUGCUCUACCUCAAUUUCUCUUCUCAGAAUUUUCUAGCUAUCCUGCUCUCCAGGAAUGGAAGUUUACAGGUUCGAUAUCGACUAAGCAAGGAUGAAAGUCAUGUGUUCUCCAUGAGCACAGAGAAUCUGGCCAAUAGAAGAGUGCAUCAGGUGAAGAUUACCCGUGAUGGACCAGAACUUUCCGUUCAGAUGGACCAGCAACUCUUCAGCUAUAACUUCUCCCUGGAAGUUGAGUUCCGGACACUGAGGUCACUUGUCCUAGGCAAAGUCACAGAUACUCUUGAUUUGGAUCCAGAAGUUGCUCAAGCAAACACCUUGGGUUUCAUUGGAUGCCUUUCUUCAGUCCAAUACAAUCAUAUAGCACCACUGAAGGCAGCCCUCCGCCAUGCCAGCAUUGCACCUGUGACUGUACAAAAAACUUUGACAGAAUCCAGCUGUGGAUCUAUGGUGGAUUCUGAUGUGAAUGCAGUAACCACUGUGCAUUCUUCAUCAGAUUCCUUUGAAAAGACAGAUGAGCGCGAACCACUCACAAAUGCAGUCCGAAGUGACUCGGCAGUAAUUGGAGGUGUCAUAGCAGUGGUGACAUUUAUUACUUUGUGUGUCAUUGGAAUCAUGACCCGCUUCCUCUAUCAACAUAAGCAGUCACACCGCACCAAUCAGAUGAAGAAAGAAUACCCAGAAAAUGUGGACAGUUCCUUUAGAAAUGAGAUUGACUUGCAAAACACAGCCACCGAGUGCAAACAGGAAUAUUUCAUCUAAGCCACUGCAGGGACACAUGGUCCUUUUUUUUGGCUGACUUUUCCCUCUUUUUCUCUUUUCUUUUUUCUUUUAAUUUAAACAUUUUCUUUCUCUCACUUACCAUUGAAUU